AUGUCAACCCUAAUUAAGACCCAGCUCAGAAGGCUUUCCUUUACACCAUCAUUCCUCUGCCAAUAUGUAGACGACCUGAUAAUAUCCAUGCCCGGUGACCGCGAAACAGAAGUUUUGGAGAUAUUCAACAAUUUUGACGACCACAUACAGUUCACAAUAGAAAGAGAAUCAAAUAGAAGCGUGCCUUUUCUAGAUACCAAACUGAUCAGGCAAGAAGAUAAUACUAUAAAAUUGGACUGGUACCAGAAGCCAAGCAGUUCCGGCAGAUAUAUCAAUGCGUCGUCAUACCACAACAUCAAAAUAAAAGUGAACACCAUCUUAGGCCUAAAGAAAAGAAUCGAAGACAUCACACAUCCCACAUUGACAAAAGGAGCACUAGGAAGGCUAUUCCAACUAAUGAAAGACAAUGGGUACUCCAACCAACUACUUAAAAAACUACUAUACAGCACAACGCGCCCUCCAGAGCCAACCCUGACGGCUGAAAAUGGGGGCAAUGAGGAUGACAUUCAAGACCGAAUCACCUUCGCAAAGUUACCAUACAUCAAAGAGUUGACAUUCGAGCUAACCAAACUAUUCAAAAAAUACAUGAACAUAAAAGUUGCAAGAUACACCCUAGUGGCCACCAAAUCAUUUUUCAGUAACACAAAGGAAAAAUUAAAAAACUCGUUUAAACGAAACGUAGUCUACCAGAUAAAGUGCAAACAUUGCCCCCAGGUGUACAUAGGACAGACUUCACAAGCCCUAGCAAAAAGAAUUUCCCUGCACAAAAGCGAUUCCACCAUUCGCCCAGACCGAUGUGCACUAGGCCAACACAUUAGAAACACAGGUCACAACGCAGAUUUCGAUAACGUAAUGGUAUUAGAACAAGAAGACAACUAUAACAAACGCUUAUUCCUCGAGAUGUGCCAUAUACAACAAAAUAACACAAUGAAUACGAAAUCAGAUACAAGCAAUCUCAGCAGUAUAUAUAGUUUUCUCCUAAGAUGUGAUCAAUAUGGACGAAACCCGCAGGAUCUUACAGAGUGA